GAUCGAGGACUGGAUUUGUGCAUGUGGGACUUGGCCACGCACAAUCACAUGCAAGCCUCUGCGACCUUGCAGCACAAAUGGUGUUCGCUAUAUUUCGAUUGCAACUGUCGCUCUUCUUCCACACCGACCACCACUAGAUCAUGAUAGACCAUCUUUUCGGUAGGCCCAAACCAUCGUGGAAGAGAUUCCAGGUCUUCUUCGUGAUCAUAUUCUGGUUGUGGCGUAUACUGCAUGACAACCCGCAUGGUCCCCGCGUACUAUGGUUGAGACGAGCAAAUAGACUUUUACGUAUGUUACAUGAUGUCUCUGGUUUUUCGAUGCUGAAUCUUUGCUACACAGGGCAAUUCACGCCUUGGCAGCUCAUUGUCAGCACUCUAACUGGCGUAUAUGCCGUUCGGAAUCUUGACAAGAUAUUGGGUCUUGGCGCACCCGAACCGCUCGCUCAUCUCUACUCCCCUUCAUACUACAGAGCCACAUGGAUCAGCACUGGCCUGGAUGCUGGCUUUGCCACAGCAAUGUCAAUACGACCCAAAUGGCUCCGAGACAUUUGCUCUGUCUUGUUCUCGGUGUAUUACAUAGUCUAUGCUAAUGAAGCGGACGAGAAGGUUCGGAGAUUUCGCGCUGUCCCCACUGUCGAAAUGCUUCGGACAACUUGGGAAAAGGCAACUAACCCUUAUCUUCGCCUAGUCACGAUAUUUCCACGGGUCACUAUACGUCGGAAGUUCUUCUUACCUAGGCCCAAAGAUAGCGCAUACAAUAGACCAAUUACUGUCUGGCUAUUUUUUGCCCCUCCAGAACAUCAUCUGGUGCGGGCCACGGACUUGAUCCUCGACUUUCCUGGUGGAGGCUUCAUCUCCAUGACACCCGAGCAUCACGAAGAGAGAUUGCGUAUGUGGACCGCACAAACAGGGAAACCUGUUUUGUCUAUUGAGUAUGGCAAGGCGCCAGAGUACCCUUAUCCUUAUGCUAUCGACGAAUGCUUUGAUGCGUAUCGCGUACUCCUGGAGUCGGCCGGAAAGUUGAUCGGCAUGUCUGGAACCAAAUUCAAGGUCGUACUGUCAGGCGACUCAGCAGGGGCUCAUAUUGUUGUCAAUGUCAUGCUGAAGAUCUUGGAGACGCAAAUAUCUUUACCCAAACCAGUGGCGCUGGUUUUGAACUACGCCGCACUUGAUUUCAAUUUUACUUCUUGGAUGUCGCCGACAAAUCUUCGCGUCCUCCAGUCUGAGCAAUCUUCUGGUCAUAUUCCCGGCAUCGCAGAACAGAAAGACCACUUCGGACACAUCAGCCCGCUUUCUAUGGUUGGUGACCGUAAAAUGAUCCGCCGACGCCGUAGUUGGCGGGAUACGCUCAGGACAUUGACCUCACCUACAACCGAGCGCCCUCCGUUUCGCCAUCGUCCAUCCGUUCCCGCUGUCAAGAUGGGUGGGGCAGAUACGGUAAGCCAAGAUACGGUUAAUGACGAGGCAGGAAGUAUGGCAGAUGCGGAAUCCGAGGCAGAAGUUCGGGAGGAAGAUAGGCCCCUCCAAGCUAGGGUACGCUUCCAUCCUGUGGUUAGUGAGACCACCAGCGAACCUCCCAUGGUUGAAGAAACAGAAAGUCCAGCGGUGGAGGUACCACUUGGGACGAGGCUGACUAUGACAAGUCGCACGGGAUAUUUCCAAGACCGCAUCAUCUCUCCAAGCAUGAUGAGAGCCAUGGCGAUUUUAUAUAUUGGGCCACAUCGCAACCCUGAUUUUGCAUCCGACUACCAUCUAUCACCUAUCCUCUCUCCCAGCCAUCUGCUGGCACAAUUUCCACCGUUGCUGAUGUCGUGUGGUGAGAAGGAUCCUUUCGUUGAUGACACCGUCAUUUUUGCUGGUCGCGUUAGGGAAGCCAAAAGGGAACGACUGCGUGAUCUCGAUACGAAAUUGGGGGCGGCUCACGGUGGAAAACAUGGAGAACAGCUGAGAAUGAGCACAAGCCACGCGUCCGAAGACAACCGCUCAAUGAAAAGAGAACGAGAUGAGCUCGCAGCCCAGAAUGAUGAGAACUGGGUACGAAUGCAGAUAUUCUCCGACUGGAGUCAUGGGUACCUUCAGAUGCCGAUGUUAAUGCAAGAGGCGCGUACGGUUAUCUACGAGUUGGCCGACUGGAUAGACGAAGCAUUCGUGGGGAAUGUGGGUCGUCAAGGGUCGAAGCGAAGAAGUUCUGUUACGAGGGGAUCCCGUAAGCAGUCUGUUCCUGCAGUCAGUGACGAGGACUCGACGCCAUUUGUGACCGAAACGGAAGCAGAAACCGACGACGCCAUCACGUUUGCACCAAGGAGGAGGUCUCCUCCCUCGUCCAUCUCGAAGGCAAAUGGCAAGAUAUCGUCCCCAGCCCAUAGUCGCAGAUCAUCUCCACAUGGUGAUGCGAAACAGAAACCAAGCGAUGUCGUGAAUGGCACCGCUCUUCAGAACACUCCCGCAGGUAUCAUCUCUGGCAUAGGUGGAUCUGCCCAUGGGGUGGGGACUGCUGGCGGUUUGACACUGCCAGGCACUCCUUCGGCUUCAUCUCCUCCAAGGAAUGGGACACCUGUGAAAGCGGGGCAGACCAUCACUGAGUCGGAGCUGAUGCGAAGACGCCGAUUACUGGAUUCGCACUUGAUACCGAGUGGGGAUCGUCUUACGCCGACGAAGUAGAUAAGUAUGUACAUCUAGAGCAUUCCAAGGAUCUUGACCGUUGUAAUGUAAUGUAUAAUCUUUGAAAUCAUACUGUAUUCUCCCGCAAUUGAGCUUACGCCGGUGAGGGUUAUGACCAAGCAAGCAACGGAGAAAGCUAAGGUGUUGAGUGUUCCCGCGAGAAUGGGCUUCUCGAUUGAUGGCACCAUCAGUAGAAACUUGAUAUCGCUCAACUUGUGAGACCCGAAUCGGAAGUGCCGCCAAGAUAAGUGAGCGUACGAAGUAAUUUCUGCAGGGAAAGAAAGCCAGAAACGGUAU